UCUCUCACACAUACACACACAGAGUCUCUCACUCACACACAGACACACACACGCACAGAUAUAUGUCCCUCUCGAGGUCUGCUUAGAAUUUCAGGAUCACAUCGACACGGAUUUGAAAUCUUCUCUGGCCUCUAUCUCUCUGCAAGAUAGACAGAUAUAAAUUUCUAGUCUGUCUCCCCUCUCCCAUCUCCCUCUGUUCCCCAUGAACCAUGAGAAGCUCUGGCAGUCCCGGAAUGGUUCGACUAGCACCGCGAUGCGAAGGAGGAGCUGUAUGUGUGCAGAUUAAAGCUCUGAAGGCUUUAGCGUGUGGACUCUGGGAGAUGACAGCAGGGACAUCACUGAGGUUGCUAGUGCUGUUAUGCUAUGUCGGACUGCUGGUUGCAGCUGGCGAUCAGCCCUGUGGUGGAUUAGUUCAAGGACCAAAUGGCACAAUAGAAAGUCCUGGAUUUCCUUAUGGUUACCCAAAUUAUGCGAACUGCACCUGGAUUAUCAUUACAGGAGAACGGAACAGGAUACAGCUGGUAUUCCAGAUCUUUGCUUUAGAAGAAGACUUUGAUAUUUUAUCCGUUUACGAUGGUCAACCACAGCAGAGCAACUUGAAAAUGAGGGUGACUGGCUUCCAACUUCCGUCCCCCAUUGUCAGCACAGGCUCAAUCCUUACACUCUGGUUCACCACAGAUUUUGCUGUCAGUGCACAAGGAUUCAAGGCUGUUUAUGAAGUUUUGCCAAGUCACACAUGUGGCAAUCCGGGUGUCAUACAGAAAGGAAUCCUACACGGUUCCAGAUUUAACAUUGGGGAUAAAAUUCGCUACACUUGCGUCACAGGUUAUAUCCUGGAAGGUCACGCAAUACUGACGUGUAUUGUUAGCCCAGGAAAUGGAGCAUCAUGGGACUUUCCGCCACCUUUUUGCAGAGCUGAAGGUGCAUGUGGCGGGACAUUGCGAGGUACCAGCGGAAUGAUUUCCAGUCCACACUUCCCAUCAGAAUACGGUAAUAAUGCUGACUGCACGUGGACUAUCCUGGCGGAGCCUGGUGAUACCAUUGCACUCAUCUUCUCUGAUUUCCAGCUUGAAGAUGGAUAUGACAUCCUCGAGAUUAGUGGGACUGAUGCACCAACAAUAUGGCUGACUGGUUUCAAUUUGCCUUCACCUGUCAUCAGUAGCAAGAAUUGGCUGCGGCUACAUUUCACGUCAGACAGUAACCAUCGACGCAGAGGAUUUAACGCACAGUAUCAAGUGAAAAAGGCAAUUGAGCUGAAGUCCAGAGGAGUCAAAAUGCUUCCCAGUAAGGACAGUGAUCACAAGAAUUCUGUCUUAAGUCAAGGUGGAGUUGCUCUGGUGCCAGCUGACAUGUGUCCUGAUCCAGGAGUACCAGAAAAUGGCAAAAGAACAGGGUCUGAUUUUAGGUUGGGAGCCAGUUUACAGUUUUCAUGUGAUGACAGCUACGUGCUUCAGGGGUCCAAAAGCAUUACUUGUCAGAAAGUGACAGACACAUUGGUUGCUUGGAGUGACCACAGGCCAGUCUGCAGGGCGAGAACAUGUGGCUCCAAUCUACGAGGACCAAGUGGCACCAUCACAUCCCCCAAUUAUCCAGUCCAAUAUGAAAACAAUGCUCAUUGCGUCUGGGUUAUCAGUGCUACAGACCCUGAUAAGAUCAUUAAGCUAAAAUUUGAAGAAUUUGACCUGGAACGAGGUUAUGACACCUUGACUGUAGGAGACGGAGGGAAAGUGGGAGACACCAGGACAGUGUUGUAUGCCACUGAAGGAGAUAAUGGUCCAGAAUGUAUUGUUAAUACAACACACAAGGUAUGGAUUCUACUGAAGGCUGACGUUUCGGGUAAGGGUCUAGGCCUGAAACCAGCAUACAAGGAAAUCGAAACGGGAAGCUGCGGUGACCCAGGUGUUCCUGCUUAUGGUAAAAGAAGUGGGGACAGUUUUUUACAUGGUGACACGUUGACAUUUGAAUGCCAAUCAGCGUUUGAAUUAGUCGGAGAGCGGACAAUUUCAUGUCAACAGAACAAUCAGUGGUCUGGUAACAAACCGAGCUGUGUCUUCUCCUGCUUCUUCAAUUUUACCACACCGUCCGGCAUUGUGCUAUCGCCAAAUUACCCGGAGGAGUAUGGCAACAACAUGAACUGUGUGUGGCUGAUCAUUGCAGAACCAGCAAGCAGGAUUCACCUGAUCUUUAAUGAUUUUGACAUUGAGCCUCAGUUUGAUUACCUUACAAUAAAGGACGAUGGGAGUGCUGACUCUACAGUUCUCGGAACUUUCUCCGGUGAUGAUGUACCUUCCCAGCUGGCCAGCAAUGGGCACGUCACCCGCCUAGAAUUCCAGUCAGAUCAUUCCACUACUGGGCGUGGCUUUAACAUCACGUACACAACUUUUGGCCAAAAUGAAUGUCAUGACCCUGGCAUUCCUGUCAAUGGAAAACGGUUUGGCGAUAUAUUCCUGUUGGGAAGUUCUGUCUCUUUUCAUUGUGAUGAAGGCUUUAUUAAAACCCAAGGAUCUGAGACCAUAACCUGUGUUAUACAAGAGGGAAAUGUCAUCUGGAAUUCUGCCGUGCCGCGAUGUGAAGCACCAUGUGGUGGCCAUUUGACAGCACCAAGUGGUAUAAUUCUAUCUCCAGGAUGGCCAGGAUAUUACAAGGACUCUCUGAACUGUGAAUGGGUAAUUGAAGCAGAACCACGGCAUUCUAUCAAAAUAACAUUUGACAGGUUUCAAACUGAAGUUAAUUAUGACACACUAGAAAUUCGGGAUGGGCCCAUUAACUCAUCACCUUUAAUAGGAGAAUACCAUGGUACACAAGCGCCCCAGUUCCUAAUCAGCACUGGCAAUUAUAUGUACCUUCUAUUAACUACGGACAAUAGCCGUUCAAGUGUUGGUUUUCAGAUUCACUAUGAAAGUGUCACCUUGGAAUUAGACUCAUGCUUAGACCCAGGAAUUCCUGUAAACGGGCGACGACAUGGAAACAACUUUUCAAUUGGAUCAACUGUGACUUUCAGUUGUUGCCCUGGUUACACAUUAAGUGAUGAUGAGCCCUUGAUAUGUGAUGAUAACCGUCAAUGGAACCACGCUUUACCAAGCUGUGAAGCUUUCUGUGGUGGCUAUGUUCGUGGUACAAGUGGAACUAUUCUGUCUCCUGGAUUUCCUGAUUUUUAUCCUAAUUCCUUGAACUGCACUUGGAUAAUUGAAGUGUCGCAUGGAAAAGGCGUGCAGUUGGUAUUUCACACAUUCCACCUUGAGAGUUCUCAUGACUAUUUAAUUAUCACAGAAGAUGGAAGCUUCACCAAUCCUGUAGCAAGGCUCACGGGCUCUGCCCUGCCUCCCACUAUCAAUGCAGGCCUAUUUGGAAAUUACGCAGCACAAUUACGCUUCAUUUCAGACUUUUCAGUUUCUUAUGAGGGGUUCAACAUCACGUUCUCAGAGUAUGAACUGGAGCCUUGCGAUGAUCCUGGUGUCCCUGCUUUCAGCAGGAGAAUUGGGUUUCACUUUGGAGUGGGGGACUCGUUGACAUUUUCCUGCUUUCCUGGAUACAGACUCGAAGGUGCUACUCAAAUCACCUGUUCUGGAGGGGGACGGCGUGUGUGGAGUGCACCUCUUCCAAGGUGUGUGGCUGAAUGUGGAGCCUCUGUAUCAGCGACAGAAGGUACUCUCCUGUCACCAAAUUAUCCGACCAACUAUGAGAACAAUCAUGAAUGCAUCUAUAGAAUAGAGACUCAGUCAGGGAAAGGAAUCCGCCUUCGAGCCAGGAUGUUUGAACUUCAACAAGGCGAUGUUGUCAAGGUGUAUGAUGGAAGAGACAACACAUAUCGUUCCCUCGGAGUCUUUACUGAAUCUGAAUUGCUAGGAGUUGUGUUAAAUAGCACAUCAAACCAUAUGUGGUUGGAGUUUAACACAAAUGGAACAGGGACCAGCCAUGGAUUUGAGCUAACAUACACAAGCUUUGACCUGAUGAAGUGCGAGGAUCCAGGAACUCCUAAUUAUGGCUACAAGCUGCGAGAUGGAGGGCACUUCGCUGACACUGUGAUCUUAUACAGUUGCAACCCAGGAUAUACACUGCAUGGAAGCAAUACAUUGACGUGCCUGAGUGGAGAUCGGAGAGUAUGGAACAACCCUUUACCAUCGUGUAUAGCGGAAUGUGGAGGCCACUUCAAAAGUGCUACUGCUGGGAGGAUUCUGUCUCCUGGCUACCCAGCACCGUAUGAUCACAACGUCCACUGUACUUGGAUUAUAGAAGCUGAUCCAGGAAAAACUGUCAGCCUUCAUUUCAUUGUCUUUGACACUGAGGCAUCACAUGACAUCCUGAAAGUGUGGGAUGGACCAGUGGAAAGUGAUAUGCUGCUGAAGGAGUGGAGUGGUUCCUCACUGCCUGAUGACAUCUACAGCACAUAUAACUCUAUGACACUUCAGUUCGACACUGACUUCUUUAUCAGCAAGUCAGGCUUCUCUAUACAGUUUUCAACUUCAACAGCCACGACCUGCAAUGAUGCUGGAAUUCCGCAGAAUGGAACCCGGAGUGGGGACAGCAGAGAGCCUGGAGAUACAGUGACUUUUCAGUGUGACCCAGGUUAUCAGUUGCAAGGAACUGCUAAAAUUAUGUGCGUGCAGGUGGACAAUAGAUUCUUCUGGCAACCUGAUCCUCCAAUAUGUACAGCUGCCUGUGGUGGUAAUCUGACAGGCCCUGCGGGUGUCAUUUUAUCGCCUAACUACCCUCAACCUUAUCCUCAUGGGAAAGAAUGUGACUGGAGAAUUAAAGUCAAUCCAGACUAUGUCAUAGCACUGAUAUUUAAAAGUUUCCACAUGGAGCCCAGCUAUGAUUUCCUUCAUAUCUAUGAAGGGGAAGAUUCAAACAGCCCUCUAAUUGGCAGCUUUCAAGGAUCACAGUCACCCGAGAGAAUAGAGAGUAGUGGUAAUAGCCUUUUUCUGGCCUUUCGAAGUGAUGCCUCUGUCAGCAUGGCAGGAUUUGCCAUUGAUUACAAAGAGAAACCUCGAGAGGCUUGUUUUGAUCCUGGAAACAUAAUGAAUGGGACACGCAUUGGCUUGGAUUUUAAGCUCAGUUCCACUGUUACCUAUCAUUGUGAUCCUGGCUACCAGUUAGCAAAUGUUGCUACAAUCACUUGCAUUAUUGGGGAAGAUGGGAAGCCGGUCUGGAAUAGGGCUCUACCUUCUUGCCAUGCUCCUUGUGGUGGACAACACACUGGAUCUCAAGGAGUGGUUCUUUCUCCUAAUUAUCCUCACAAUUAUACGAGUGGCCAGACAUGUUUGUACUCCAUCACAGUGCCUAAGGAGUUUGUGGUUUUUGGACAGUUUGCACAUUUUCAGACAGCACUCAAUGAUGUCGUGGAGCUGUUUGAUGGACACAGCCAGCAAGCCAGGCUUCUCGGUUCACUUUCGGGAUCACACUCCGGAGAGACCCUGCCUCUGGCCACAUCAAACCAGAUAUUGCUCAGGUUCAGCGCUAAGAGUGGAGCAUCAUCCAGGGGUUUCCACUUUGUUUAUCAAGCUGUUCCUCGUACUAGUGCCACCCAGUGCAGCUCUGUUCCCGAGCCCAGGUACGGCCGAAGAAUAGGUUCCGAGUUUUCUGCAGGUUCUAUUGUUCGCUUUGAAUGCAAUGCUGGAUAUCACCUCCAAGGCUCAAAGGCUAUUCGAUGUCAGGCUGUGCCUAAUGGGUUGGCACAGUGGAACGAUACAAUACCAAGCUGUGUAGUACCUUGCCAUGGAAAUCUGACAGAACGUAGAGGCACCAUCCUUUCGCCAGGUUACCCAGAGCCAUAUGGUAACAGCUUGAACUGUGUCUGGAAAAUCACGGUAACCGAGGGAGCAGGUAUACAGAUUCAAGUGAUAACCUUUGCCACUGAGCAUAACUGGGACUCCUUAGAAAUAUAUGAUGGUGGAGAUGCAACUGCACCAAGACUUGGGAGCUUCUCAGGUACCACAGUCCCUGCCUUGUUGAACAGCACCUCCAAUCAGCUCUACCUGCAUUUUCAUUCUGACAUCAGUGUGGCAGCAGCUGGCUAUCACUUGGAAUACAAAACUGUCGGUCUUACAACCUGCCCUGAUCCAGUGCUUCCCAGCAAUGGAAUAAAGAUUGGAGAUAGAUAUUUGGUUAAUGAUGUGGUGUCUUUUAGCUGUGAAUCUGGCUACUCAUUGCAGGGACAAGCUCAUGUCUCAUGUAUGCCUGGAACUGUUCGCCGUUGGAAUUACCCAUCUCCAAUCUGCAUUGCUAAAUGUGGAGGGAUAUUGACAGACAUGAACAACGUCAUUCUGAGUCCUGGAUUUCCUGGAAAUUACCCAAGCAACUUGGAUUGCUCAUGGAAGAUUUUAUUACCCAUUGGAUACGGUGCAGUCAUUCAGUUUCUGAAUUUUUCGACUGAAGCCAAUCAUGACUUCUUGGAGAUUCGAAAUGGACCACAUUACGCUAGUUCUUUAAUUGGACGGUUCAGUGGGGCAGAACUCCCACCAAUGCUACUCUGUACUACCCAUGAUACCAUCAUCAACUUCUACAGUGAUCAUUCUGAGAACAAGCAAGGAUUCAAACUUACCUACCAAGCUUAUGAGCUUCAAAGCUGCCCUGAUCCACGACCAUUUCAGAAUGGAUUUAUCAUCAAUUCUGACUAUAGUGUGGGUCAGUCUAUAUCGUUUGAAUGCUACCCUGGUUACAUUCUGAUUGGGCAGCAUGUUCUCACGUGCCAUCAUGGGAUCAACAGGAACUGGAACCAUCCAUUCCCAAAAUGUGAAGCACCCUGUAACCUCAACAUAACAUCUCGAAAUGGUACGAUCUACUCUCCUGGGUUUCCAAAUGAAUACCCAAAUUCAAAGGAUUGUAGUUGGCUCAUUACAGUACCUCCAGGACAUGGGGUUUAUAUUAACUUCACGCUGCUACAGACUGAACCAGUGAACGACUACAUUGCUGUAUGGGAUGGGCCUGACCAGACUGCUCCACAGCUAGGCAUUUUCAGUGGCAACACAGCUCUGGAAUCAGCUUACAGCACCAGCAAUCAGGUUCUUAUCAAGUUCCACAGUGACUUCUCCGGAGGGGGAUUCUUUGUCCUCAAUUUUCACGCUUACUGGCUUAAAAAGUGUCAGCAGCCCCCAGUUGUUCCUUUGGCUGCAAUACUGACUGAGAAUGAAGACUAUGAAAUAGGUGAUAUUGUCAGAUACCAGUGUCCCCCUGGAUUCACACUUGUUGGCAGUGAGCUCAUGACUUGCAGGCUAUCAACACAAUUGCAGUUUGAAGGGACACUUCCAUCUUGUGAAGCACAGUGUCCUGCAAAUGAAAUUCGCAGAGCCUCAUCAGGAGUCAUAUUAAGCCCAGGAUAUCCAGAAAAUUACCCGAAUCUCCAAACUUGUUCCUGGACAAUUCGAGUGGAACCCCUGUACAAUAUUACUGUUUUCGUGGAGAUGUUUCAAAGUGAAAAACAGUUCGAUGAGCUGAGUAUAUUUGAUGGGCCCACAGGUCAAAAUCGACUGCUAGUUGCUCUAAGUGGAAAUCACACUGGACAAAGAAAUUUUACAAGUACAGGAAGACACUUGUAUUUACGUUGGUCAACAGAUCAUGCAACAAGCAAAAGGGGAUUCAAAAUCCGGUAUACAGCUUCCUACUGCAGCUUGAACAGUGUCCCUUUGAACGGCGGGGUACUGAAUAAGACGGUCGGCGCUUUAAACAGUGUGUUGCAGUUUUACUGUAAAGCUGGGUAUUGGCUGGUGGGCCAAAAUAAUGCCACGUGUAGGCAGACCCCAAAUGGCAUGUAUCAGUGGGAUGCUGCGGUUCCACUCUGUCAAGCAAUCAGUUGUGGUAUUCCUAAAACCCCUGGAAAUGGCUCAGUCUUUGGCAGAGAUUACAGUGUGGGCAGCAAGGUCAACUAUCAGUGCAGUGAAGGUUUCACACUGGAGUCCAGUCAACAAGCAGUAGCAAUCUGCAGAGAAGAUGGAAUAUGGAGUAAUAAUUGGAAGACUCCACAUUGUAAACCUGUGCCGUGUCCUCCUAUUGAAACAGUUCUUUCAAAAGAAGUGGUCAAGCGGCUCAUUCAUGGGUCAGUGAAUGAAUAUGGAAGCAAAGUCAUGUUAAGCUGUAAACCUGGUUAUUACUUGAGAGGCAACAAGGUCAUACAGUGUCAGGCAAAUGGCACGUGGAGUGGAUCCAAUGAAAAAGCAAGUUGCAAAAUUGUCUCAUGUGGAGAUCUCCCUUCCCCACCAAAUGGCAACAGGAUUGGAACACUCCAGACAUAUGGGGCGACUGCAAUCUUUACUUGUAACACUGGGUACACAUUGGCUGGAUCUCAUGUUCGAGAGUGCCAAGUAAAUGGCCUGUGGAGUGGAGUGGAAACCAGAUGCUUGGCUGGUCACUGUGGCUCUCCGGAUCCAAUUGUAAAUGGCCACAUCAGUGGAGAUGGGUUUAGUUAUCGUGACACAGUUGUCUAUCAGUGUAAUCCAGGUUUCCGUCUUGUUGGCUCCUCGGUGAGAAUUUGCCAACAGGAUCAUAAUUGGUCAGGACAACCAGCAGUCUGUGUCCCGAUCACAUGUGGUCACCCCGGCAAUCCAGGUCACGGCAAAACCAAUGGCAGUCAGUUCAAUCUGAAUGAUGUGGUUAACUUUACCUGUAAUCCGGGAUAUUCACUGCAUGGUGCGAUGAGAGCUCAGUGCCGUGCUACAGGCCAGUGGAGCAGCCCAUUGCCAACUUGUCGAGUGAUGAACUGUACAGACCCUGGUUUUGUGGAAAAUGCCAUUCGCCUAGGGCAAGAAGAUUACCCGCAAAACUUCAAGUUUGGCAGCAGCGUGGUGUACCAGUGUAAAUGGAGCUUCUACCUCCUUGGCUCAUCUGUGCUUACCUGUCAAGCAAAUGGUCUGUGGGACCGAUCACUACCAAAUUGCUUACCUAUUUCCUGUGGUCAUCCAGACAUCCCUGCAAACGGUGAGCUAUUUGGAGACAAGUUUACCUUUGGUUCCCUGGUUCGCUACUCUUGUGUUGGAGCUCGAACUCUGAUUGGAAAUCAUACUCGUAUUUGCCAAGAGGAUGGUCACUGGAGUGGUUCUCUCCCCCAUUGCUCAGGAGACAGUUCUGGGUUAUGUGGUGAUCCUGGUAUCCCGGCUCAUGGUUCGAGACUAGGCAAUGAAUUCAAGAUAAAAAGUCUUCUGCGUUUUAGCUGUGAAGCUGGUUAUGCUCUCCGAGGUUCAUCGGAACGAUCCUGCAGACCAAAUGGGUCCUGGUCAGGUGUUCAACCAGUUUGUGAAGCUGUAUCAUGUGGAAAUCCUGGCACCCCAGAAAAUGGGAAGAUAGUUUACAGUGACGGUGUGGUAUUCUCCAGCUCCAUUUCUUAUUCCUGCUGGGAAGGCUAUAAAACGUCUGGUCUAACUACCCGGCAUUGUACUGCUAACGGAACAUGGACUGGAUCAGCUCCUGACUGCACAGUUAUUGACUGUGGUGACCCAGGUGCUCUCGCUAAUGGUGUCCAUCUGGGAAAUGACUUCACUUAUAAUAAAACAGUGACCUAUCAGUGUAACCCGGGCUUUCAGAUGGAAUCAGCUCUAUCUUCUACACUGCGCUGCAUGAAGAAUGGCUCUUGGAAUCAGACCAAGCCAGUUUGUAAAGCUAUCACUUGCACACAGCCACCCCUAGUGCUUCAUGGAAGAGUGCAGGGAUCAGACUUCAGAUGGGACUCGAGCAUCAGCUAUAAUUGUUUGGAAGGGUAUCAGCUCUCCUUGUCUGCUAUUCUGACCUGUGAAGGAAAUGGGGUUUGGAGAGGAGAAGUCCCUCAGUGCUUGCCUGUUUUCUGUGGAGACCCAGGGACUCCAGUGGAAGGGCGAAUUGAAGGAAGAAGUUUCACCUACAAAUCUGAAGUGUACUUCCACUGCCGACCUCCUUUUCUGUUAGUUGGAUCAUCAAGAAGAUUUUGCCAAGCGAAUGGAUUCUGGAGUGGAGUUCAGCCAUCUUGUAUCGAUCCAACACACACUAUAUGUCCAGAUCCAGGCACCCCUCAUUUUGGAAUGCAGAACAGUUCCCAAGGUUAUGAGGUUGGGAGCGCUGUGUUUUUCAAGUGUCGAAAGGGCUACCAUAUUCAAGGCUCUACAACACGUUCCUGUCUUGCCAAUUUGACAUGGAGUGGUGUGCAUCCUGAAUGCAUUCCUCACAGCUGCCGACAGCCUGAAACACCUGCAAACGUGGAUAUGAGAGCCAUUGAACUGCCAAUCAUGGGUUAUACCUUAAUUUACACCUGCCAGCCAGGAUUCUACCUCGCAGGAGGAUCUGAACACCGGGCAUGCAAGAGUGAUGGGAAAUGGUCUGGAAAGCCACCAGUCUGCCGAGGUUGGGGUGUGCAGGAAGUAUCAGCUUCUGUUACUAAAUCUUCAUUUGUUCCUUUAGUUCCUCCAGAUGUAUUUGCUCCAAAUUCUAUAUGGAAGGGCUUCUAUGAAUACCUUGGAAAGAAACAACCAGCAACAUUAACUGUUGAUUAUUUUAAUAUUUCCAAUGGUCGUGUAAAUGUUACAUUCCUCGAGCACAGCAACAUGGCAUUAAAGUUGUCGGGAAUCUAUAAAAAGGAAGAGACCCGACUUUUUUUAAAGGUCUACCAAAUGAAGGGACCUAUUGAGAUCUUCAUAAGCAAGUUCAGAAAUGAUAACUGGGCUUUGGAUGGUCAUGUAUCGGCUGAGCCUGAAGGCAAGACCUUUGUCUACCAGGGAUUUGUCCAAGGCAAAGACUUCCGACAGUUUGGCUUUCAAAGGCAAGGACCACUAGGAGGAGAACUGGAUAGAGAUAAAUCCAAUAACUACUAUAGCACAAACAGUAGUUCUGUAGCAGCUGCCAUCUUGGUACCUUUCUUUGCGCUCAUCUUAUCAGGAUUCGCCUUUUACCUCUACAAACACAGAUCAAGACCCAAAGUACAAUACAAUGGCUAUGUUGGCCAUGAGAACACAAAUGGACAGGCUUCAUUUGAAAAUCCCAUGUAUGAUACUAACUUAAAGCCCACUGAGGCAAAGGCUGUGCGAUUUGACACAACACUGAACACUGUGUGUACAGUAGUAUAGCCCUCACUUUGACUACUGACUAACUGAUAUUAGCCAUACCUCUACCUGGCAAGCAGUAACUCCUUUGGUGCCAUAUACCACAUCGCUCUGUCCCACUGCUUGCUUUGCAGUGAUACACUUUUUGACAACUUUCGUUGGGUCAAACACAGUCAAUGGAGUUUUUGCUGGGACAAUAUCCUCAGACAACAUGUCAAAGCAAUUUCUUCUGGACUUCUAACACAGGAAGAACCAAAACCAAGUCCUGGAUGGGUUUGAAACUCUCUGCUCUGGCUGCAAUUGGCAGAUAUUUCUUCUUUUUUUGAGUUAUGUAUUCUUCCAAGAAGAGGUAAAAAUGGACAGACAAGGAAGGACAAAACCUGUUCCAUCGCUGACACUAAGAUGUUCGACAUACAUAAAAUUUACAACUCCCUACAUCACAAAAUAAGGUCACUGUUCUAAAACAGGCAGCAGCUUGGGGAUUAUUUUCAAUUGUUGUAUGGCAAAUUGACUGCACAAUUCUUUGCACUAGCGUGUUAUGAAUGAAUGAGUAGGAUAUUGGCAUUAAAUUGGCUACAGGGUUUCUAUACACUGACCAUUGUACAUAAGAAAAAUCUUGCUUUAAAGACUUCAGUUUCCAUUGCUGAACAUCACACAACGUUCUCAAUGCUAACAAUAGGUAUUAGAUGGCUGCAAUAUUAUUUCCUCCAAACUUGGAUUCUUAUAGAGUCAGUUUUUAUUGAUGUCAGGCUUGUGAGGGAGAAAGGUUUCUGAGGGUUUUUAUAGUUCCUUAAUUAAAGAUCAAUUGGAUAUUAUUCUUUGAAUUAAAAGCCAAAAAAACAACAAUGGAAUGAGAUGAUUUUUUAACACCAUAUAACUUUUCUGAAUCUCCACAGGCUGUAGUUCAGAAAUAUUGUCAGAGAAAUCUAUUCUGUUUUCCAGCUAGCUUAAAUAAACACUGCCUUUUGUAAAUUAUAUUUAGCAAAAAAAACUUAUUUAUUUUCCCAAGAAGAAUGUAAGAAAAAUUGUUACACCACUUUUUGUUUAAAACAAAAAAAACAAAUAUUACAAAUGUUCUGAUAAGGGAGGUGAGGGGUCCUUAGUGGAGUUGGUACAUAGUCAUGUUUGCCAAAUGUCUGCUGAGCCUUGUUUUGAGUUUCUUGGAAACUUUCAGAUCUGCUGUGCCUGCUAUUGUGUUAGACAAAAAUUUAUCCUACCUUCUUUAAAAAAUGGCAGUCAAUCGUGAGACGAGAAUAAGACUGAGAAUGAAGGUCAGCCCUCACACCAGGCAGCAACAUUUGACAGCCAUUGAUGGCUACACAAAUAGAAUUCUGUAACUGAUUAGCUAUGACUUCCCAAAGAUAACCAUCAAACUGUGAGGCUUACAGGGAAAAAAACUAAAAUUGAUUUUGCCAAAUAAAUAGCAAGCUCUUUGGGCAGAAACUUGCACAUAGUUGGGUGUGGGAGAGAACAAUGGGAAUUCCUUUGUUUCCUGGUGACAUUUUGCCAGUUCUAAAGAGUGCCUUUACUUGUAACUUCUGUAACUCAUAGCUUUACCCAAAACAGUUGGUAUUGUGCAGAAAGCUGUUGUGAUUUCUUUAAUAUAUCUGGCAUACAGCCUAAAGGAUAAACUCUCAUUCACAGCUAUGGCAUAGAAAAACUGUCUUUGAGAAAAAUUCACUUUGUGUGGUUAGCGGCAACUUUACCAAGUCUUCUGAAUAGGUUCUAUCAAACCGCAAAAUUGCAACUUAUGGGGAAUGGAUAAUGCAAUACCUUGGGUUUAAGAGCUUUGAGAUUACUGCUGUUGUUAAUUGUUGGUCUUACUGGGUUAAUAUACUAAAAUAGUCGACAGUUGAAUGCCAUUUCCCAAGAUUUCCUAUCUAUUUUUCAUCUAAAUGGAGAUGAGACAAACCCCUAUGGAAAUUUUUAUAUUAAAUGUUUAUGUUAUAAUUACCAACAAACUUUUUUCAGUUGUAGUUCGCCACUCACUCUUGUUUAAUCUUUUUUGAGGUUUAAACUCCAAUUGCCAAUCUUGACUUUAGUAAGUGAAUAAUGUUACUGGGAGAGGUUAGAAUAAGAUUGUUAUUAUGUCCUUUGACUAGACAGAGGAAGUUUUUUUAAAAAAAUAAAAAUGCGUUGU